GUGCUGCGCAUGCGCAGUGCCAUGCCAGGCGCCCGGCGCGCGCUCCGCCUCAUGGCCGCCGCCGUGGGCACCGGGAGCGGGGCCGGGGUUGGGCCCAAGCGGCCGCGGCCUGAGCCCGCCCCGAGCAUCGGCACCCACGACGGUACCUUCCACUGCGACGAGGUGCUGGCGUGUUACCUGCUGCGCCUCCUGCCCCGCUACCGGGACGCGGAGGUCGUUCGCACCCGGGACCCCCAGCGCCUGGCCCAGUGCGACGUGGUGGUGGACGUAGGGGGGGAGUACGACCCCGAGCGACACCGCUACGACCAUCACCAGAGGUCCUUCACGCAGUCCAUGCGGAGCCUCCGGCCCGACAAGCCCUGGACCACGAAGCUGAGCAGCGCCGGGUUGGUCUAUUGUCACUUCGGCUCCCAAAUCCUGGCGGGGCUCCUGGGGCAGCCCGAGGACGGUCCCGUCGUGACGGCGCUCUACGAUAAGCUGUACGAGAACUUCGUGGAGGAGAUCGAUGCCAUCGACAACGGCAUCGCGCAGGCGGAGGGGGAACCCCGCUACGCCCUCACCACCACCCUCAGCGCCCGCGUGGGCCACCUGAACCCCCGCUGGAACGACCCCGACCAGGACACUGAGGCGGGGUUCAAGCGCGCGAUGGAGCUGGUUGGGGGCGAGUUCAUGGACCGGCUCAACUACUACCACCGCGCGUGGCUGCCGGCGCGGGCGCUGGUGGAGGAGGCCAUCCGGCGACGCUUUGAGGUGGACGCGAGCGGGGCGGUGCUGGAGCUGCGGCAGGGCGGCUGUCCCUGGAAGGAACACGUCUUCAGCCUGGAGCAGGAGCUGGCGCUGCCCCGGCCCCUCCAGCUGGUGCUUUUCCCCGACCGCGGCGGGCAGUGGCGGGUCCAGAGCGUCCCAGCGGGGCCACACACCUUCCAGAGCCGCCUCCCUCUCCCCGAGCCCUGGCGAGGCAUCCGGGACGAGGAGCUGUCCCAGCUCACCGGCAUUCCCGGCUGCGUCUUCGUACACGCCAGCGGCUUCAUCGGAGGCAACCGCACGCGGGAGGGGGCGUUGGAGAUGGCGCGGCAGACGCUGGCACAGCAGCAUGGGGGGGGAACAUAGAGUGGAUGAAGCCCCCCCCCCCCCAAUCACGGUCAUGCCAAAAGGGAGCCCUUUGCCCAGCGCAGGGGCGUUCCAGGGAAUGCUGCUGGGUGAGGGCUGAGACCGUCCCCGCUCAGCACAUGUACUGGGAUCACAGCAGGACACUGAACUGGAGCUGGCUGGGGGGGACUGGGCUCCCCCCGGGGUGUCACUGGUCCCAGUGUUGGACUGGUGCAAACCCAGUUGGAUCCCAAACCAAGAGACUUCUCAGAUCCAGUUCCCUGACAACUGUCCCCGUUCCCAAGGUGUACCUGCUGCCAGUGGCUUCCCAACACCAGUAAAAACCAGUCCGUUCCCAGUG